UCCCAGCAUGCCCCAGGGGGCGGGCCCCGCGGCUGCGCAGAAGCGCGCGCGCGGUCAUGUGACUGCAGCAUGGCGGCGUUCGCGGAUUUGGACCUGCGAGCGGGUUCCGACCUGAAGGCGCUGCGCGGUCUCGUGGAGAACGCCGCUCACUUGGGCUAUUCAGUUGUUGCCAUCAAUCAUGUUGUUGAAUUUAAGGAAAAGAAACAGGAAAUUGAAAAACCAGUAGCUGUUUCAGAACUCUUUACAACUUUGCCAAUUGUGCAGGGAAAAUCAAAACCAAUUAAAAUUUUAACGAGACUGACGAUCAUCGUUUCAGAUCCAUCACACUGCAAUGUUUUGAGAGCAACUUCUUCAAGGGUCCGGCUGUAUGAUAUUGUUGCAGUUUUUCCAAAGACAGAAAAACUUUUUCAUGUUGCUUGUACACAUUUAGAUGUAGAUUUAGUCUGCAUAACCAUAACAGAGAAACUACCAUUUUACUUCAAAAGACCCCCUAUUAAUGUGGCAAUUGACCGAGGCUUGGGCUUUGAACUUGUCUACAGCCCCGCUAUCAAAGACUCCACAAUGAGAAGGUACACAAUUGCCAAUGCCCUCAACUUGAUACAGGUCUGCAAAGGAAAGAAUGUAAUUAUAUCUAGUGCUGCAGAAAGGCCUUUAGAAAUAAGAGGCCCGUACGACGUGGCAAACUUAGGGCUGCUGUUCGGGCUGUCUGAAAGUGAUGCCAAGGCUGCAGUGUCCACCAACUGCCGGGCAGUGCUUCUCCAUGGAGAAACUAGAAAAACUGCUUUUGGAAUUAUUUCCACGGUGAAGAAGCCUCGGUCAUCAGAAGCAGAUGAUGAUGCUCUUCCGGCCUGCAAGAAAGCCAAGUGUGAGGGCUGAAGGGAGCCUCCAGCCUCUGCCAACACUCUCUUCUUCCAUUGGUUGGUUCAUCAGCUGCAACAGAAACGAAACCUU